CUAGCGCAGUUGCGUCCUCCUUUUCUUAACCUUCUUCACAUAUCAUUAAGCAUCGACGGCAUCGCGUGGACGAAAGCUCAAACUCUCUGUUGCCCGUGGUCGCUUCCCUAAGUGUUACCCUGUAUUCCGCAACCUCAUUUCGGUGUAGUCGACUCGUGCAUCCUGCGCCUACUUGUAGAACACUACUCCUGCCUAUUUGUAGCUGCGUCGAACACCCUCGAGUUUCCUCUUCACCCCUUCACCCCUUCACCGCUGGCCCAGAGCGAAUUAUUAGAUUCGACAUUGCGGACCAUAGCGGACUUCGAAGAGCUCCCUCAACCAUCCAGUAUAGGAGUCUACAACAAUGGACACCACCUUCAUUACCAUACACGAUCUCACGGAGGAUGCCCACAUUCUCUACUCCUCCGACUCGAUUGUUGACAUCCUCGGUCACACGCCUGACGAAGUAGUCAAUAGAUCUUGCUGGGAGUUCUUCCACCCUGAAGAGAUUCCCCUUGCAAAACAGCUCCAUAGUCGAGGCGUUAGACUCGACAAGGCUGCGGUCCUUUCCUACUGCCGCAUUCGUAACCGCCAGGGCGAUUGGGUAGGAUGCGAGUGCUGCUUUUCUAUUGUGUACGACGUUAUGGUGUGCUGUACCUCGAUCUAUCGUCGUGGCAUGAGCAGCCAGAAGCGAGCGGUUGAAGCUCCACUGGUGCGUCGGUUGUUUGCCUCAUCGCCUAAGGACCCCCGUUAUCACAUGCUAUCACAUUUGUCCAGCAAAUUCAGUCUCGGGCCUGAAGAGCAGACGCAUGAACCUCGUGCUGCACUUUUCCUUAAUCGAUUCACUCGCACGUUAACCGUCAUGUAUGCAACAAGCGGCAUUGAGCAAAUCAUCGGUAUAUCUGGUGAAACCAUGAAAGGACGCAGCUUCUACUACUGCAUUCAAGAGAACUGUCUUGAGGAUGCUGUCCGUUGCUUGGAGACUGCAAAGGGUAACGACUCCAUCGCUUAUAUGCGUUUCUUCUUCCGCGAUCCUCGCCAGGAUGAUCCGCUUGAUGCUGACGCGUCUGAGAGCGAGGACGAGAUGAUGACUGAUAUUACCUCAUCAGAGGACGAAUCGGAAGGUGGCGUGGAUCUUAGAGAGCGGUUCACGUCUAAUGGCGACUCUUCUAGUCAUAGUCGACUAAAUCCGUCCAACAGCAUGGAUUUCAAUAGUGAGGGAGCACACUCGAACCCUCGCACAAGCUCUAGAGACAGUACUCAUCUGUCUGAAACACAUACUGGCAUUUUGGGGCAGGAUUCUGGGCCUCGUUCACCUACUUCCUCUUUACCAGCCGCCUCACCUCAUUCUGAAGCCCGCGAUGAGCGAAUCGAGCUUGAAGCUGUUGUGUCUUGUACUUCUGAUGGGCUUGUUGUAUGUCUACGCCGCGCUCGCCCGAUGGUGCCAACCGCCAUGCCAACUGUACAAACUCCAUAUCAUAACGGUAUAUUUGCAGCCCCUUGGGCUCCGGAACCCAUGUUUCUGCCUCCUCUCCCACGACCGCCGCCGUUUCCGCUUGGAGCUCAACAUCCAGCUAUGGCGCAAGUCGGCCCUACUUCAGCGUUCCAGAAUGAAUUCAUGAGGAGCAUCAGAGAUGUUGCGGUUUUCGCAUGGGCUCUCACUGGAAUUAAUGGAAGCCUUGCAGAAUAUUCUCGUGGAAAACCAAUUGGGGAGUCCCAACCACCAGAAGGCUUCCCAAUCUGGGCUCCCGAAUCCCAACCGAAACUCUCCGCCGCUCCUUCUGGUUACGCGUCGAGAACAUGCAGUUCUUCCAGCAAUGACCCAUUCGGUGACCCAGGUCUAAGCUGAAUAGCGGAAAGCGCUACCGUGGCAACAUGUCUGCACCACGUGUGUCUCCACCUCAAACGGUUUAAGGAUUCUAACAUCGCAACCCGAAUGCUAAUUAUGACGGGAACAUUUAUUUUCUAAUAUCGGUUACCAC